CAGUUUCGCAAAAAGAAGAAAAAAACGAAACCAUGCAAUUUAUAAAACCAGCGUUUCGAAACGCCUGCUACUGCUACUACUACACCAUAACUCGCUCCUUAAACCCUAACCCCUUCAUCCUCGUCUCGUUACCCACUUCCCCGUUUCUCACACUCCAAUCCUUUCGACCUUCUUUCUCGACCUUUUCCUUCUUCUCCUCCGACGUAAUGGCCGGUGGCGGCGGUGACAACUCCGUGCCUCCGCUGUCCCAUUCGCUCGAGAAGCAGUUCGAUGCUUUCCGGUCUCAGCUUGAGGAAUCUGGAACCCUAAGGGAGCGAAUUCGGAACGUUGUUUCGGAGAUAGAAUCCGCAACUAGGCUCAUGUACGCUAGCCUCCUUCUCGUUCAUCAGUCUCGCCCCACUCCCGAGCUUUUAGAGAAGGCCAAGUCUCAGAUUGGUGUGCUAAAGGAGAAAUACAAGCAACUUGCUGAGAUUCUUGGAGGAUGCCCUGGCCAGUACUAUAGGUACCAUGGUGACUGGAGGAGUGAGACACAAUCCGUAGUUUCACUGCUUACAUUUAUGCACUGGCUCGAAACAGGAAGUCUUCUUGAGCACAAAGAAGCUGAGGAGAAGCUUGGGUUGAAUAGUUCGGAGUUUGGUCUAGAUGUUGAAGACUACCUAAUAGGUGUUUGUUUUAUGUCUAAUGAAUUGCCAAGGUAUGUGGUGAAUCAAGUGACAGCUGGAGACUAUGAUUGUCCGAGGAAAGUCCUAAAGUUCUUAACAGAUCUCCAUGCUGCAUUCCGAAUGCUUAAUCUUCGAAAUGAUUUUCUUCGGAAGAAGUUUGAUGGCAUGAAGUAUGAUCUAAGAAGAGUUGAAGAAGUCUACUAUGAUGUUAAGAUUCGGGGUUUGACACCCAAUGGUGAGCCAGUUGGAAACCAAGGAGUUGAAGCCUGAAGGAUAUUCUUAGGCUGUAACACUAAACUUGACCUUUUUUAUCAACUCAGUUAUAUCUAGAGUUCCCUCUCUAAUGUUUGAUGAAAUGUAAAGGGGAAAUUCUGUCAUUUUGUGUCGCACUGGCUCUGUGAAUUGAGAACCCUCUAUUAUCUGCAUUAGAAAUACUUUAUAUGCAAAAUACAGUACGAAUGCAUUUG